GAGUCCGUAUGAAGUUUCGAGAAGUUUCUUUUGACCUUCUUGCAGAUUUAAUUUCUAAUCUCGACAAGACAAACAAAGAGACUCUUAACGAUUUAUCAAAAUGCAGCGGCUGUUUCAAAGACAAAAAACUAACUGAAUACAUCUUCCUGAUGGCUAAAAAGCUGAGCCUUGACCCACUGGCUGGAUACCAUGCCAUCGAAUUACUGCAAAGGUUCAUGACCGUGCAUCUCACAAAGUUGUUCACCACCCCUACACCUCAAGGCGCUGCUGAAGCUCAGUCAAUGAAUUAUGAAGAUACCGUUUUUAACAAUCUCAAGGACAAGUUUCCCCUCAUUAUCUUUUCCUGUGUACAACUUGCGAGCAAAAUGUCUCUGCACAGUGAGAUUAUCGACAACAAUACUGCUGUACGAUUUCUUCACUCAGUGGGCCACAGUGUUACAAAGCAGACUCUUCUUGAAUCAGAACUGAUGGUCUUGAAAGGGCUUGACUUCAGAUUAAAUGUCUCUAACCCCCUGACAUAUGUGGAAAUACUGCUGGAGGUUCUUGGUCACAAUGAGCCAUCGACUCCUGUGGAGCAGCUGUAUGACCUAUGCCACCAUAUUCUCAGAUUUGUUAGUUUGGAGAAGACUGCCAUCUAUGAUUCCUUGUUAGUCACUUCUACUAAGUGUCUCCACCCAUCUGUUAAACAGAGAGAGAAGUUUGUGACAGUGACUGAGGACCGCAUGCUUCUUGCUGUUGGCGUCGUUGCUGUGGCCUCAUACAUCCAUCAUGUCAACAAGUGGGAACAGAUUGUGGGAGGACUUAACCUCAUCACAGGAAUUUCAAGGAGGAGCAUUAUUGAUUUUGCUCACGUUACAUUGAUGCACAUUGGUGUUCUUUAUUGCCUCGGAAGCACUAAAUGUAUCCUAGGAAACUUGCAUCUGGAUGCCAGUGGGGGCUUCCCUCCGUGGGGAAUCUUUGAAGUCACUGCCAGCUCUGCAGUCAUGCUUUGGGUUCCACUGGAGAUCACUGGGAGGCAGGACACCGAGUCUUUGUUCUAUGGGCUCCCUGGCUCAGAUGAAGCCCUUUCACCAGAGCUGCAGGUGGCAGCCAAAGAGGUUUUAGAAUCGCUGCGUGGCAGUGGGCACCGUGUGACUGGCUGUGACUGCUGCACCACACACAUGACUUUAGUUGUGAAUGGCCCCGACACGCGGCACAUUCACCAGGCGACAAGUGUCCGUGGGUCCUCCUCUGGCUUUGCAGUAGACCCAGCCUGCGCCUGUUCUACACCCAUGGGUGUCGCUCUCUGUGAUCUUCCCCUGAGUCUGAGACUGAAUGUAAGUGGCUUUGAUCGGCGCAGUUCUAUCCAGUCCGUUUGGCUCAGGCUGGUUCCGGACCGGAUCUGA